ACUGCUUGAAGUUGGGAGGAGGGACCUGUCCGUCUGGGAUUGAUCUGGGAGACAGAAAGAAGCUGACAAGCAAAUUAUUAGGAGAGAAAUAAUGCAGACAGUGAGACAGCUCUGACACUGUCCGAGACAGCUGUGACUGACAGAAAAGUGACAGAGGAGACUGCUGUAUCACAGGGGGUUGCACUGGCAGACACACACCCCCACUGUAACAAGACAGCAUGCUGGACAGAGGGAGUUAAGAGACAGGACGGAGGGGGCUGUCAGGCUGUGUAUUUGCUGAAUUCUCUUCCCAAAAAGUUAUGGGAGUCUAGGUGUUGCACCUCCUGCGCAGGUGUCUAGCGAGCUGCUUUUUGGAGUGUUGCAAGGGUAUCGAUGCAGUGUAUAUGUAGAUAAAGGCUGGCACCUUGGGCAAAGCUGUGAGAUGCCCCGUUUCUCCCUGUCCCUUCUCCUGCUCCUGAACUUAUUUGCCCUGAUGCCCUCCUCACGGCUGCCGAGUUGCUAUGAGGUGCGUGCGGCUUUCCAACUCCAGCAGGUCGGGAGAGCAAGACUUGUACCUGAGGUACCGCUGGAAGAGUCUGACCUUCAGAUCUGUGAUAACAAGGCAUCUACCUGCUGUACCCAUAAAAUGGAAGAAAGCUAUCAGGCCGCAGUGAAGAGAGAGCUGGCCCAUAACAUCCAAGCUCUGAACUUCGAACUCAAAUACAUGAUUGAUGCACACAUAUCUGCUUUCCAAGGAACCUUCACGUAUUUGAUUGAGAAGGCUGCAAAUCAGACUUUAUCUUUGUUUGACAGCAGUUAUCCGCCCCUGGUACAGGAUGUACGAGAACCAGUAAGGGAGUUGUUCACUGACAUUUCGCUUAAUAUUCUAGGUGAGGAUAUGCCAGUGGAGGGCGCUGGUUCCCGUUUUUUUGAUGCCCUAUUUCCUUUGGUUUAUAAUCACCUGCUAAGCCCAACAAGGGCUCCUUUAUCAGAAGACUACUUGGAGUGCCUCCGCCUGACGCGGCAGGAUAUUAACCCUUUCGGACCCAGCUUUCAGGGAAUGGUAACUGAGCUGUCCAAAUCGCUUUGGGCCAGCAGGAUGAUGAAGCAGUCAUUAAAUAUGGCAAUACAUACCAUAAAUAGCACUGAACACGCUGGGAUGACAAGGGAGUGCACUCGUGCCUUGGUUAGGAUGCAGUAUUGCCCUCAUUGCCAGGGCCUCACUCUGAUCCGGCCUUGUGUGGGCUAUUGUCUCAAUGUCAUGAGGGGUUGUCUGGCCAGUCUAGCAGACCUCGAUGCACCCUGGAGGGACUUCAUCUCUUUGCUGGAGAAUAUUGCUGGACAGAUGUCUGGGUCACAUGAUCUGGAAUUGGCACUUUUGGGGAUCAGGGACAUGGUCAGAGAAUCCAUUGAGUACGCUUUGAUACAAGGUCGCAACCUUACGUCCAUGGUAGAAAAGGUCUGCGGGCAGCUACAUGAGGAGAUUUCACACAAACAGCCACGAGAAGUCACAUUUCAAAACGAUGAAGAUGUUGAUGAAACAAAACACCCAUCUCCUGCUCAUGUGAGAAGCUCUCUGCCCUUGAAAUCUUCGAAGAAUGAGAGACCUCGCAGUUUGAAAAGUAUCUCUCGAGAAUUUAUCAUGUAUAUGAAACUGUCGAAAGCAUUUUAUGCAGUGUUGGCCGAACGUUUGUGUGAUGGGGACUUGUCAGUCAGAGAUGGGUCAACCUGUUGGAACGGAGAAGAUGUGGUAGAGAGCUAUACAAAAAAUGUUGUUGCCAACGACAUGAAAGCCCAAGUAAAUAACCCCGAAGUUAAGGUCAGGGGACGAAAUGUCGUUAUCAGCCAAGUCAUUGACCAGCUGCGUCACUUUAUAAAGAUAGGAAAUGAAAAGCGGAUCAGGCCAGAAAGAUGGCGGAUUGGAGAGGGCAGUGGAGGGGGUGAGAGACCGGAAGACUCAGACCCCAGUGGAGAGUGCGAUGAUGAAGAUGGAUGUCAAGGUUCUGGUGAGAAAGAAUUCACAGAUGCAAAGCAACCUAACGUUUCCAGCGAAGCAAAACCUUCCAGACUUCCUGGCCCAAGUCCAACCAAGAUAUCACGUAAACAGCAAAAUGUGGCAAGCUCUGGCAGUGGACAAGCAGUUCCAUCACCGAUACUGGUGGCAACCUUCUUAAUAGUGUUUCAGUACGUUCUACUGCUUUGUGGUGCUACAGUUAUUUUUUAGGAAUCUGCUAAUAAGCCUUUGCAAGACAUGUCCAUGUGAAACAAGAACAUUGCUUUUAUAGGGUGGACGUGAAAAGAGCAAAAGGGUCCGACCCUGGUUGUGUAUCCUUUUUAAAAAAAAAAAGUUAAUGGAAUAACAGAUUAGCUACUUGAUGUGUUAUUUUUAGGUGGUGACACGUUUAUAAAUAGCUCACACGACAAACACCAUUAAAAAGCAGGCUCUGUUAUGAAAGUUUCACAAUUCUGAUCUACGUUUCAAAAAACUAAACACAUAUUCUAUGGAGAAUAAACUUUGCAAAGUGAUUCCUAAUAACCCAUCACUCAAUGUUGAUCGGUCUGCACUGUUUCUGAAAUAUCAGGCACGAAUCUGUUACAUUUCACCAACUGUGCGUUUUGAGUAUGAGUUUCGAUGCACUUUAGAAGCUACUAGACAGUUUUGCUUCGGAUUCUGUCAAUACCUCUAGAACGCUCUUUUCAGAUAUGUAUCUCCAUCUCAAUGUUACCAGACACUUGUGUUCUUCUCACAAGGAUGCUUUAUAUUUUCUGUGUAUUUUGAUACAAUAUUUACUGCUAGAACUAUCUGUGUUUUUCCAAAAUGUUAUCUCUGUGAUAUUACCUUCAGUGUUAACUAGCCACUGGAACUUCAGCUAUUGUGGACAAUUCUCUGCCAGAAAGCCCACAAUAGCUGGAAGGCCAAAGAUCACUAGUCCAUGUGACUAAGAUCAAUUGUCUACAUUGCCAAGAUCCUGAGAAGAAACAAGAAGAUCUUAGUAACUCUACAGGGAAUGGUGGGCGGUUAAUCGGGAUCUGAAUGACAAAUCUCCUAUGACAAAGAGCAGAGAGCAGAUCUAUAUGGCACACUAUGGAAACAUCUGUUUAUUAAAAACAAUGUUUUGUACCAUAUUUGACCAGCUUACCACCCAUGCUACCUCCCACAAUCUUUCCAUUUCUGGGAAUACUUACCCAAAGCAUGUUUUAAGAGACUAUGCAACUUAGUGAACUGAAUCACAAGACAUGCCCCUCGAUCCUUCACUUGACUUGUAGAGGACAAUAUUUUACCACCGCUACGAGACUAUUCUGAGGAUUAUAUGGCCUUUCCAUUGAUAAAACUAGCAUCACCAUAUGUAAUCAUUUGAAUGAAUUACUACAAUUCAGCAGAUAUUUAUCGUUGUUAAAGACUGUGUAUUAUGGACAGUGACACUUGUCUUUUCAUUGAGUUUUAAUCGACAGGUCAACAAUUUAAUAAAAAAUGCUGGAGUCAUAAAUGUUUCUGUGCCAAGAAAGCCAGAAAAAAAAUAUAGAUUUUUUAUAAUGAUCAUUAGCCUAACUGAACGAUGUGUGUAUGUGUAUAUAUAUAUAUAUACACAUACAUACAUACAUACAAAGUCACACACACACAAUAUCAUUUAAUUCAACAAGUGCAACAAGUAAUGUAUGACCCCUUGGCCACUACAUCAGAACUUGGUAGACUUGAGCACAAAUGUGUUUGUUGACCGAAUCAUUCCUGUUAACCUACGUCCGAAUGAAUCAAUCCAUCUGAGAUCUACAUGUGGAACCUCAUAAGACUCCACAUCUAAAUCUUGGAUGGAUCAAUUAUUUCGGGAAAAAAAUUACAGGAAUUUGAUUUGUUCAUCGUUACUGAAACAGAUGUGCGCACAAGUCUAGUACUUGUACUUAAGAAACUGGUAAGAUCGCUAUACUGGAAAGUGGAAGAUUGAGAUUUUAGUAAAAUGUUUUUGUUUGUUUUUAAUACAAGUUUUAUUGAGGGGAUUGUACAAUUGCAGCAGUGUUUUAUAGGGUGGGAGCAUGUAUAAAGCUUUGUCCAGAAACACUUUGGAAUUUUAAUUAUAUAUUUAGCUUACAUACCCAGAUUCUGAUAAAUGUUGGCAUGUUAAAAAUAAGCAUAAUAACAAUCUAGCAGUAUUAAGAAACUCUGUAAUUUAUUAGCUGUAGAAAUACUAGGUUUAAAAUAAAGUUACAUUUUUUAUUUGUUUUAAUUAAAAUUUCACAUUUUCAAUUGUAUUCAAAAACCUUCUCCGCUUUUAUACCACCAGUAAUGAUCAUUUUCAACAGAAUGAUUGGUCCACUUGCCAUCCGGUGUUACAGGUUAAGUGUGGAAAGGAUUAACAACAAAAUGUUCAGAAUAGUUUUGAUUUUAUAAAAAUUAUAAAUCAUAGUUAUUGCACUGAAGCAAUUACAAGACUCUGUAAUUCCUUGCAGUCAGCAAUUCAUGGACAUCGGCAAUGUAUCCAAAGAUCUUUUAUCAAGAAUUGUUACAUGUUAAUUCUCAGUCCAAUACUAACUAGAAUCGCCCAAGCAUCGUCAUUAAUAAAUCUUGCUUAGCUAGUGUUUUUAAUGUGACUUGCUAAUUGCAAUUACAUAUUAUAGACACUGAUUAAUAAGAUAUGCAAAAUCAUUAAUUAAGGCAUGUUCUUCUAGACAACAGACAUCAAAUGUUAAAAUUUGCUGAGGUCCUUUUUGUGUGUUUCCAUAUAUUUCAUGAUACUGUCCAUUUUUAAAUAAACCGGAUAUAGACCUA